UUGAGGACGCACAGACUGGAGCGCAACUUCCCAUGUGCCAUAUGCGGCAAGAGGUUCAAGAGGUCCUCCACCCUUACGACCCACCUGCUCAUCCACACUGACACCCGACCAUACCCCUGUCAGUACUGUGGCAAGAGAUUUCAUCAGAAGUCAGACAUGAAGAAACAUACCUACAUACAUACAGGUGAGAAGCCGUACGUCUGUGGUCAGUGUGGUAAGGCCUUCAGUCAGUCAUCCAACCUCAUCACACACAGCAGAAAGCACUCUGGUUUCAAACCAUUUACCUGCCUCCAGUGCUCCAAAUCGUUCCAACGUAAAGUGGACCUGCGAAGACACGUCGAAACCAUGCACAACCAUCCAACUGAUAAUUAA